AACUUCCUUCCAUUCUUAGCUGAAUCCGAUAGCGAAACAAACCUGUAAAGCUUCCCUCUCUCCACUCGCCUCUAAUGAAAACCGAUGUCGAUACCACCCUCUGGGCUUUUGCUGUUGCCACCAAACUAUCCGGAGCUUUUAUGCAACCGCAUGUCGCGAUGGCAUAUACGUUUCUCCUCUUCGCCGCUUUAGCUUGGCUGUCAAUUUCCCUAGUUUACUGGGCUCAUCCUGGUGGUCCUGCUUGGGGCAAGUACUGCUUUUCCAAGGGAAAGCUUUCUUCCUUCAGUAACUUCAAGCCUAUUCCAGGUCCUAGAGGAUUGCCUUUGUUUGGCAGCAUCAAACUGAUGGCCAACCAGCUCGCGCAUCGCCAGAUCGCAGCCGCCGCUCAAUCACAUGACGCAAGGCGGUUGAUGGCCUUCAGCUUGGGCCACACGCGUGUUAUUGUCACAUGUGAUCCCGACGUGGCCAAAGAGAUCCUCCACAGCCGUGUGUUUGCAGAUCGUCCCGUGAAGGAGUCCGCUUACAGCUUGAUGUUUAAUCGAGCCAUCGGGUUUGCUCCUUGUAGUGAAUACUGGAGAGUGCUCAGGAGAAUCGCUGCCACCCAUUUCUUCUGUCCGAAGCAAAUCAAGGCUACCGAGGAUCAGAGAUGUGCCAUUGCUUCUGGGAUGGUUUCAUCCUUGGGUCGCCACAACCAUCGUGAACCUUUCACAGUCCACCAAGUCCUCAAAAGAGCUUCGCUCCACCACAUGAUGUUCCUGGUGUUUGGACGCAGAUAUGAACUGGAUCAUAUGAAUGAAGAAGCGGAGGAGCUGAAGAGGUUGGUCGAUGAAGGGUACGAAUUGCUGGGCACGCUCAACUGGUCGGACCACUUCUCUUGGCUGUCUGAUUUUGAUCCUCAGAACAUUCGGGCCAGAUGCUGGCGACUCUUACCUAAGGUGAAGGUCUUUGUCAGCCGAAUGAUCAGGGAACAUAGAGAGAAGGCCGGCGACAGAGACUGCAUGGACUUCGUUGACGUUUUGCUCUCUCUUCAAGCUUCUGAGAAAUUGUCCGACUUGGAUAUUAUUGCUGUUCUUUGGGAAAUGAUAUUCAGAGGGACGGACACGGUUGCUGUCUUGAUCGAGUGGAUUCUGGCAAGGAUGGUGCUGCAUCCUGAGGUGCAAUCCAAGGUACAAAAUGAGCUCGACCAAGUGGUGGGAAAAUACCGCAGUGAUGUCGUCGACGAGGGACACACGGCACGUCUGGUUUAUCUGCAGGCCGUGGUGAAGGAGGUCCUAAGACUGCACCCACCCGGUCCGCUCCUCUCCUGGGCACGAUUGGCAGCAGCGGACACAUUGGUCGACGGGCAUCACGUGCCCGCAGGGACUACAGCAAUGGUCAACAUGUGGGCCAUAUCCAGGGACCCGGAGGUCUGGGAGGACCCUCAUCGGUUCAUGCCUGAAAGGUUCGUUGCAGGCGAGGAAGGAAGGGUGGAGCUUUCAGUGUUAGGUUCGGAUCUGAGGCUUGCCCCCUUCGGAUCGGGUAGGAGGAGCUGCCCAGGGAAGAGCUUGGGGCUGAUCACCGUCACUCAUUGGGCGGCCCAUCUGUUGCACGAGUAUGAGUGGUUACCCUCCGCCUCGGACUGGGGCACCGGCGUCAACUUGACCGAGGUGCUCAGGCUUUCUUGCGAGAUGGCGUAUCCACUCACGGUCAUUGUGCGCCCACGCCGGAGAGCUCUUAAGUAGUGAUGUCUGGAUUUCGGGGUAGAAAAGAAUGUCGACUGGCACUUGUUGGGGGUUGAAGUAACUUGUACUCGAGUCUGGUUUAGUUGGUUGAUCAGACAUUAGCUCUUCAUGGUCAACCAUGCAAUUUGUCAUAAUAUCUGAAUAGAGAUGUGAGUGUCUGUUAUCU